UUGAAGACCCCAUCCUCCUCCCUUUCUCUCUCUCUCUGGGCAGCUCCCUCUCUCUCGCCUACGCCUCUGAAAUCCCAGAAAACCCUCGAUUCCCACGAACCCCUCCGACCGGAAAAUCCAACCGCCCCCCGCCGGAAUCUCACAUCCUCCGGCCUGAAUUCCCGCCCCGAUCGGCGGCGGCGGCGAGCACCCGGGAUCGAGGACCGCCGGGGCCCCGGAGCGGCGCCAAUCGAGCUCCCCCAACCGAUCCCUCCGCGGCCGGCGCGCCGCCUCUAGCAUGCACAGAUCCGGGGCCGCCAUGGCCUGGAACGUGUUCAAGUUCUGCACGGCCCUCCGGGGCCUCGGCUCCAUCAUGAUCCUGGUGGUGCUCGGCGUCGUCGGCGUCACCUACUACUCCGUCGUCGUGACCAGCUACGGCCCGGCUCUCCUCGGCGGCGGCGUCGGGGCGUUGAUCGCCCUGGCCGUCUUGGUUCUGUUCCACGGCCUCUUGGUGAUGCUGUUGUGGAGUUACUUCUCGGUUGUGUUCACCGACCCGGGUAGUGUUCCACCCAAUUGGAGGCCUAGUAUUGAUGAGGAGAGAGGGGAGUCUGAUCCGCUCACUUUACCUGAUUCGAGUGGUUUGCAAUCUGAUCCAUCCAAUCCACGAAUCCGUUAUUGUCGAAAGUGUGACCAUUUCAAACCACCUCGUUGUCAUCAUUGUUCUGUUUGUGGAAGGUGUGUACUCAAAAUGGACCAUCAUUGUGUCUGGGUUGUCAACUGUGUUGGAGCAUUAAAUUACAAAUAUUUCCUUCUUUUUCUGUUCUAUACCUUCCUCGAGACAAGCGUCGUUACUUUAGCCUUACUUCCACACUUCAUAGCAUUCUUUACUGAUGGAGAUAUCCCUGAUACCCCUGGCACUCUUGCGACGACUUUUCUUUCUUUUGUUUUGAAUUUGGCAUUUUCUCUGAGCGUGUUCGGCUUCCUGAUCUUGCAUAUGUCUCUGGUUGCUGCUAACACCACCACAAUCGAGGCUUAUGAGAAGAAGACCACUACCAAAUGGCAUUUUGACCUUGGACGGAAAAGAAAUUUCGAGCAGGUGUUUGGAACAGAUAAACUAUACUGGUUCAUUCCAGCAUAUCUAGAGGAAGAUAAGAAGCGAAUUCCAUGUCUAAAUGGUCUUGACUACCCAGUGAGACCCGAAUUCGAUUCAGAAGCAUUCUAGGAACCAUCUCACUGUGCAUUUCCUGGGAGGAUCCAGAAAUUUGCCUCAUAAAUCUUGGGAGAUGGAUAUCUUUGACAGCUGUGUGGUUUCCAUCACUAAAGGAGGUUGCCGCUAAAUUUGGCUCCAUGAUGUGUGUUUCCUGGAUAACUUUUUUAGAAGAAGAGAGCAAGCAGGAAAGGGGGUGGAUUGCCUCUCUUGAAUCGAGGUGUUGUGCUGAGCUGGGCAAGAUGGGUCGAGCAUUUGAUCUGUACAUAAGGUUGUGUGGAUUCGGGAGAUCGAGAGAUACGGAAUCCAGUGCACAAUAUGGUCGAUGUCGAUAUGUUCCACUGGGUCUCACUGAAGAGUAGAUUCAGUUCUGGUGGAUUGGAGAGCUGUUUAGUGAUGCCCGGAGUUGUUUUAAGUACUAAACAAAAUUAUCUCUGACCUGAAACGUCUUCCUGCAAUUUGUUCUCGUUGCAACUGAACUACUUAAUUUGCAUGUCGAUAAUCAUAUUCAUUACGAA